AAGUCAAAGAUCCCUCCAGCCCACACCCAGGUCACCACCAAGGUCUUCCUCAAGAUCCUUGAAAUGAAAACACCAGGAGAACCCACCCCGCACCUUGCGCAGACCCUGGAGUGGCUGAGAAAGGAGCUGGCUGAGAUGCAGGUUCAAGACCAGCGGCUUCUGCUCACACUAAGGCAUCUUCACAGUGUCCUGGCAGAGCUGCAGGCCCAGAGCGCACACUGGGAUGAGGCCAGGUCCAGCAGAGGGGCAUCGCCCAUCCGGGCUCGAGCAGGCUCUGAAGGCAAAGCCUGCCAGCCCGUCUCCUUGAAGGGACUGGCCCUGAUCCUCCGAGGGGAAGAGAGCAGGCGAAGCUCCCUUCCUUAAGAGGCCAGAGAUGACACUUGCCUUGAACCUUCCUUCUACUAGUCUAAACUUUCCCUGCAAUGUUUGGAAGGACAGUCAUGAAGCCAGGGCUCUGGGUUUGUUUCCACCCUCAUCUGCUGUUUGUCUCUGAGCCCAUCACUCAUCCCCUUCCUCUGUGUCUCUGUCCCUUAUCACAAGUUUUUGGAGAAGUAUAAAUAAAGUACUGGU